ACAGAAUAGAUCAUCCUUAAAAUGGAAACUAACAAAACCAAAACAAAAUCAAACUCUCCACUUGAUGCUGCAGUCUCCCAAAAUACACACGUACUCACCACACACAUCUCUCAUACAGGGUCUGCCAUCUUAAAUACACACGUACUCACCACACACAUCUCUCAUACAGGGUCUGCCAUCUUAAAUACACACGUACUCACCACACACAUAUCACAUACAGGGUCUGCCAUCUUAAAUACACACGUACUCACCACACACAUCUCUCAUACAGGGUCUGCCAUCUUAAAUACACACGUACUCACCACACACAUCUCUCAUACAGGGUCUGCCAUCUUAAAUACACAUGUACUCACCACACACAUAUCACAUACAGGGUCUGCCAUCUUAAAUACACACGUACUCACCACACACAUAUCACAUACAGGGUCUGCCAUCUUAAAUACACACGUACUCACCACACACAUCUCUCAUACAGGGUUUGCCAUCUUAAAUACACACGUACUCACCACACACAUCUCUCAUACAGGGUCUGCCAUCUUAAAUACACACGUACUCACCACACACAUCUCUCAUACAGGGUCUGCCAUCUUAAAUACACACGUACUCACCACACACAUCUCUCAUACAGGGUCUGCCAUCUUAAAUACACACGUACUCACCACACACAUCUCUCAUACAGGGUCUGCCAUCUUAAAUACACACGUACUCACCACACACAUAUCACAUACAGGGUCUGCCAUCUUAAAUACACACGUACUCACCACACACAUAUCACAUACAGGGUCUGCCAUCUUAAAUACACAUGUACUCACCACACACAUAUCACAUACAGGGUCUGCCAUCUUAAAUACACACGUACUCGCCACACACAUCUCUCAUACAGGGUCUGCCAUCUUAAAUACACACAUACUCGCCACACACAUCUCUCAUACAGGGUCUGCCAUCUUAAAUACACACGUACUCACCACACACAUCUCUCAUACAGGGUCUGCCAUCUUAAAUACACACGUACUCACCACACACAUCUCUCAUACAGGGUCUGCCAUCUUAAAUACACACGUACUCACCACACACAUAUCACAUACAGGGUCUGCCAUCUUAAAUACACACGUACUCAUCACACACAUCUCAUACAGGGUCUGCCAUCUUAAAUACACAGGUACUCACCACACACAUCUCUCAUACAGGGUCUGACAUCUUAAAUACACACGUACUCACCACACACAUCUCUCAUACAGGGUCUGCCAUCUUAAAUACACACGUACUCACCACACACAUCUCUCAUACAGGGUCUAGCUGCCAUCUUAAAUACACACGUACUCACCACACACAUCUCUCAUACAGGGUCUAGCUGCCAUCUUAAAUACACACGUACUCACCACACACAUCUCUCAUACAGGGUCUGCCAUCUUAAAUACACACGUACUCACCACACCCAUAUCACAUACAGGGUCUGCCAUCUUAAAUACACACGUACUCACCACACACAUCUCUCAUACAGGGUCUGCCAUCUUAAAUACACACGUACUCACCACACACAUCUCUCAUACAGGGUCUGCCAUCUUAAAUACACACGUACUCACCACACACAUCUCUCAUACAGGGUCUGCCAUCUUAAAUACACACGUACUCACCACACACAUCUCUCAAAAAGGGUCUGCCAUCUUAAAUACACACGUUCUCACCACACACAUCUCUCAUACAGGGUCUGCCAUCUUAAAUACACACGUACUCACCACACACAUCUCUCAUACAGGGUCUGCCAUCUUAAAUACACACGUACUCACCACACACAUAUCACAUACAGGGUCUGCCAUCUUAAAUACACACGUACUCACCACACACAUAUCACAUACAGGGUCUGCCAUCUUAAAUACACACGUUCUCACCACACACAUCUCUCAUACAGGGUCUGCCAUCUUAAAUACACACUCACCACACACAUCUCUCAUACAGGGUCUGCCAUCUUAAAUACACACGUACUCACCACACACAUCUCUCAUACAGGGUCUGCCAUCUUAAAUACACACAUUCUCACCACACACAUCUCUCAUACAGGGUCUAGCUGCCAUCUUAAAUACAAACGUACUCACCACACACAUCUCUCAUACAGGGUCUGCCAUCUAAAUGACUAUUAUCAAACCCUCCACUUGAUAUCAUUUUCACUGGUGGAGGACAAGAUGUCGGCUAUGAAUCCUCUUCUUACUGUCUCUAUAAAUAGAUAAUAAUUUAAUCAGAGUAAUUACUUUU